AAUUUCCCAUCCACAAAUCUCUUUUACGUCAAGAUUCCUACAUUACAUAUAUACAUUAAUCUUAAACUAGACGAUAAGAACAGCUGUGAUUGAUAACCUUACCGUAAGAAAGUGGGAUCUGAGCUUCAAGUCACUAGAGUUGAGAACUCGAGAUUGAGGAGAAAAAGGACAACUAUGGCUCAUUCAAAGGGAGGAACAUUUCCGACAAAGGAGCAACCAAUUUUCAGCAAAAACAAAGUCAAUUUUACUCCGUCGUCCCCAAUCACACAUCUUUGUGCUAGUAACAACAAGGUGGUGAUCGCAAUGCAAAAUAGAAUCCUAAUAAAGAUUGACCUCAAGAACCCGGAUGUUCCGAUCGAGAUGGACCUUAAACAACACAAUGUGGAUGCAAAAUUGUCCAAUAUGUUUUUAGAUCCUUCUGGUCAACAUUUAAUUCUCACUUUCAGCCCAAAAGAUAGUGUUAACCCGGCUGAGGUCAUGUAUUUGGGAGCAAAGUUUGAUAAACCAAAAGAAAUUGCAGGAUUAAAAACACACAUCGUUACAUCAGUUGCGUGGAAUCAAGAUGUUGAUACUUUUACUCCUGCAAGUUCUACUCCAUUCCUGUUGGGGACUUCAAAAGGGUUGCUCUUUGAAGCAGAAGUGGUCAAUAGCGAUGUCAAGAGUACGAAACUGGUAUAUGACAUUGGGAAGGGAAAUCCUGCUGUGAUUUCCGGUUGCUGCUACUUCUUCCAGCCAAAAUCUACGACGAUAUUCAUCCUGGUUGCCACUUCCAAACGAUUAUAUCAGUUUAAGGGUAGCAUCUCAUAUAAAGAAGAACGUCCUUGGUUUAGUGGUAUAUUUACCUCAUACAUAAGUCAAAUUAGUGAGGAAUACUACAAAGAGUUUGGCCCACCUUCUCCAACGGGGAUUAAAGUGUACUCUGACCAUGCUGUAUCUCGCCUACAUGUUCACUAUUUAGUUGGAAUUGGCUUUCCAACUACAAUUUCUUACCUCACAGAUACUGGAGCCAUGGUCUACAAUGCUACACUGUGCCCUUCAAAUGGAGAAGAUGACUUUUUAUCUAAUUUGAAACCUGUUUCGUAUCCAAAACUAUCAGAAGCGGAAUCUGCUAGUCCAACUCUACCCAAGUCGGUGGUGGCCACUGAUUAUCAUAUUCUGCUGCUGUAUAAAACUCAUGUCAAUGCAGUUUGCAUUCUUAACGACGAAGUCAUAUUCGAGGAUAUGUAUUCGGAUACGAACGGUCGCCUGCUCAACAUUGUUCGGGAUCCUAUAAAAGGUUCAAUUUGGUGCUUUACCGAGAACCGUGUUUUUAGGUACAGCGUAUUUGACGAAAGUCGAAAUAUUUGGAGAAUAUUCCUGGAGAAGGGAGAUUUUAGGAGGGCGGAAGCGCUUGGCAAAAACGAUGCUGAAAAAAUGGAAAUUAUCUGCAUGAAACAAGCAGACCAUUGUUUUGCAAAUGGAGACUACGAACUAAGCGCCGUAUACUAUGCAAUGACAAAGGCAUCGUUUGAGGAAAUUGCAUUAAAAUUUGUUCAAGUGGAGAAAUCGUCUCAUCCAUUAAAGACGUUUCUAAUGAAGAAAAUGGGGACUAUGAAGUCAAAUGAUCUAGCAAAAACAACUGCCCUGGUUUUAUGGUUAAUCGAGAUCUUUCUGAGCGACCUAGGUUCCCUUCGAGACUUUGGAAAACAUGCGACAGCAGAAUAUAAAAAUUUGGAUGAGGAAUUCCUACAAUUUAUGAAACAACCUCUUGUCAAAGACUGUGUUUCUAAAAACAAAAAAGCUGUGUAUGAUCUCAUGGCAAGUCACGGGGACAGAGAAAAUUUAGUGCAUUUUACAUUUGUGAUGAAAGACUAUGAUGAAGUCAUAGAAAGCAAUAUUAACAACGGUCAAUAUCAAACAGCUCUCAGUACGCUACUAAAGCAAAAGGACUCGUCCUUGUAUAGCCGAUUUAUUCCUGUUCUUUUGGACAAAGACCCAAAAUCUACCAUUGAUGCUAUAAUUACUGCUGGUAGAAUGUUGAGUCCUCUGAAGUUGUUGCCAAAAUUUUCUUCAAAACUUGAGCCAGGAAUUGCAACGCAAGUCACCCGAUAUCUUGAACAUUGCGUGAAUAACCUUCGAAUCCAAGAACCAACCGUGCAUGACUAUAUGGUGUCUUUGUACAUUCAUUAUUACCCAGCCGAGAAGCUAAUGGAAUAUUUAGAACAACAAGGAAUGAAUAUUCAUACAAUUCGUUAUGAUCCGAAAUAUGCAUUGAUGAUGUGUCUAGAGAAAGAUAUGAAGCUCCCGUCGAUUCACUUGUACACUUUAAUGGGUCUGUAUGAAGAAGCUGUUACAAUGGCAAUCCAGGUUGAUUUAGAGUUGGCAAAGAAAGUUGCAAAUGUUCCAGAAGACGAUCUUAACAUGAGAAAAAAACUAUGGCUUAUGGUAGCCAAACACGUUGUGAAAGAGAGAAAUGACAUCCAGCAAGCAAUGGAGUUUCUACAACAGUGCGAUCUUCUCAAAAUCGAAGAUAUUUUGCCAUUCUUUCCUGAAUUUGUUACAAUCGACCAUUUCAAGGAUGCAAUUUGCUCAUCCCUGCAAGAAUACAAUCAACAUAUUUUGAAUUUAAAGUACGAAAUGGAUGAAGCAACAAAAUCUGCGGAAAUUAUAACCGAGGAAAUUCAUGCUGUUCGUAAUAGGUGUGCCGUCAUCCGAGCUACUGAUCAAUGUACAGUUUGCGAAAAUCCACUCCUGGUUCGGAAUUUUUAUGUGUUUCCGUGCGGACACAAGUUUCAUGCAGAUUGUCUAUUGUCUGAAAUUUACCCAACACUAACAGAACCUCGUAAAAAAUUGCUUCAAGAACACCAAAAAAAAUUGAGUGAAGUUAAUACAAAUCAUGACAUAUUGUCAACGGGAUCAGCAGUAAUUAGCAAAAGGGACCAAAUAAAAUCGGACAUUGAUGAAAUAGUUGCGUCGGAGUGCGUAUACUGUGGGGAUACAAUGUUAAAAUUGAUUGACGUUCCAUUUAUAUCAGAAGAUGACUACCUAAAGGUUCAGAGAGAAUGGGAGUGAUCAAAAUUGAGAAAUGGCCCCCUGAUUUAGUUGGAACAUAUUCAGUAUAAAAUUCUCUGCAUUGCAUUCUACAUAUUUAUUUAUAUUUUCACUUGAACGGUUUAUAAUACAUAUCUAGUCGAAUAAAUUCAUCAAAAUCUACUCGUA